UAAUUAGGUACCAUUAUAUUGUAGUACAUACCUACUUACUUUCUUUUCAUAUCAAUCAAUCAAACUUUUUUUUUUUCAAUCUUUGUCGCAGAUUUUAGCUUGAAUUUGGAAUCUAUGUACUUUACGAAUAAUCUAAAUGAGAAAUUUAAACCAAUGUAAUUUAAUCUUGAUAAACUAUGAUGCAGGUGUUAAAUCAAACGAGCAUGUGUGGUGUGAUUUGUGUUGUUUGAAGGAACUGUGAAGGUCUAAGUUUUUAUCUCUUGAAUUUCGACUUAUUAUCGUGCCGAUAAAUGAGUAUGCUAUUGAUAGUGAUAAUGAACGAUACAAUAGCCUACUGUGGUUGAUUUUUCGAGCCGCCACCGGCAUCCAUUAUCAGAUUUAUUUACAUUUAGAAUGGAGAAGGAAACGGUCGGCGACCAAGGGCCUUCCUUGGACAGGCCGCCAGAGAUUGGUCUCAAAUUACUUCUAAACCAUGAAUAUCCUUUACAAAGUAAGCAGAACAUCAAGCUUAGAGCUAACCAAGUAGUGGAUAUGAUGCCCCUUACAACAAGGUACCUUAAAUAUUAUAUGGGGAGGAAGCUACAAAAGAAAAAGCCGAUCAUGGACUACAUGCACAUGAUUUCAGCACAAAGAAUGUAUGGUUGUCCAAUAGGAGGUAUUGGAGGAGGUACAAUAGGCAGAGGUUAUAGAGGAGAGUUCUGUCGGUUCCAACUGUAUCCCGGCAUUUACGAGUAUGUCACCGUACCAGAAUGCCAGUUUAUAGUCAACAUCAGAAAUGCUGAGAAGGAGACUAUAUUUCAGUCUGUUUUGUCUACAUAUGACAAACCAAAAAAGGCUCCUGCCUCCUGGGAAUGGAAUCUGAACCCUGCCGAGUGUGAAUACACAGCUCUGUACCCGCGAGCAUGGACAACUUAUGACUUAUCUAAAUACGGCAUCAAACUUGUUUGUCGACAGAUAUCACCUGUGAUACCACAUAAUUAUAAGGAUAGCAGCUUACCAUGUGCAGUAUUUGUAUUUUCGGCCAAAAACGUGUGCAACGAACAUAGGGACGUGUCUAUUACUUUGACAUGGACUGAACUUCUUUCAGGGCCGAACAAGAAAAAGUCAAUAGCUAAAUUAGAAUUAGAAAGGUAUGCUGAAGAUCAUACAUGCGGAGUUUCUCUAGAACAAAAAAUCGCCGAUACGCCUUGCACCUUCACCAUAGCCAAAAGCAAGAACGAGGGCGAAACUAUCCACGAGGCAUAUUGUCUAUGGAAUUCGACCAAAACAUCAUCGUAUGUGUGGGAGUGUUUGAAGGCGAAUGGGAAACUGGCACCAGAUCCAAGCCUGACCCCGCCUCCGCCUACAAUGACUGAUAAAGAUAAAGGGGAAACGGAGAAGAAGGAGAAGCACAAAAAAAUAUAUAAAUGUGACUCCAUGGGUCUAUCGAGUGUGAUAUCUUUGGAUCCGGGAGGGGUAGAAGUAACUGAGUUUUGCCUUGCGUGGGAUAUGCCUGUGAUUAAAUAUAAGAAAGAUAAAAAAGUACACAAAAGGUAUUAUACGAAAUAUUUCGGUAGUGAUGGAAUCGCUGGCGCCAGCAUAGCUGCGUACGCGCUUAGGAACUAUGAAAACUGGGAGAAGCAACUCGCAGAGUGGCAAGAUCCCAUAUUCACUAAUAGCAAUAUACCAGAUUGGUUGAAAAGUGCCUUAAUGAAUGAGCUUUAUUUUAUUGCUGAUGGUGGGACCAUUUGGUUCGACGUCCAUGAUGAAUAUCCAGAAAGUGAUCCCAGACAUGAUUUCGGCCUGUUUGGUUACCUGGAGGGGCACGAGUACAGGAUGUACAACACGUACGACGUCCACUUCUACGCCUCGUUUGCCUUGGCGCAGCUGUGGCCUAAUCUGCAAGUAGUUCUACAAUAUAUGUACCGAGAUACAAUCACACAAGAAACCGAGAAAUGUAGACCGUCCUUAUAUAAUGGAAAAACUGUCAAGUUCAAGAUCAAGGACUCCAUUCCACACGAUUUGGGAGACCCAGAGGGCAUUCCAUUUUCGAACAUAAACGCUUACAACAUCCACGACGUGAGCGAAUGGCGCGAUCUGAAUCUGAAGUUCAUACUGCAAGUGUUGCGCGACUACCGUUUGCUUCGGGGGCAUACCGCGCCGUUCGGCAACAAAAGGUACCGCUCCAUCGCCUAUAUCGACGACGUGAGGGACGGCACUGAGGACGACCUAUACUCCAGAUCCACUGGACAAGCGGACAGUGAAACUGUGGCGAGUGAAACUGCAACUGUGGUCCAGGAUAACAGUCCGGUGGUCGUCGGCAGAUCGUACGCUGUAGGCGAUAUAUUGGAUUUGCUGUAUAGAAAUACGGAGAGAGAGCCCGAAGGUGGCGGGGAGCAUUCCCAGCCCCACGGGCCCGUCGCGACCGUGUGGGACUCGGAGCGGUAUCUCAGUGACAUGUACGACGCAUGCGUCACUCUGCUACGGCGAGCCAUGCUGUGGGACAAAGACGGAGAUGGACUUAUAGAAAAUGGAGGCUUUCCUGACCAGACUUAUGACGCUUGGGUGAUGAGGGGGCCGAGCGCAUACUGCGGCGGUCUCUGGGUGGCGUCAGUAUGCGCCGUAAAGACGAUGGCCCGUAUCCUCGGGCGCGAGGCGGACGAGAGGGAGUUCAGCAAGUGGUUGGAGCAGGCGGCGCGCUCCUACGAGGACAAGCUGUGGAACGGGAACUACUACCGGUUCGACGUCCGGCAGGCGACCAGCCGGACUGUCAUGGCGGAUCAGCUGGCUGGGCAUUGGUACCUCCGCGCGUCCGGCAUCCACGAAUCAGUAUUCCCCGAUGCGAACGUAAAGAAAGCUCUGUCAACGAUAUACAACAACAACGUGUUGAAAUUCAACGAGGGGAGGAUGGGCGCUGUCAACGGCUACGUGACCGGCGCCGCGGGGCACGUCGACACCACCGCCAUACAGAGCGAGGAGGUGUGGACGGGAACCACUUUCGGGCUGGCCGCUGUUAUGAUAUACGAAGGAAUGCGCGACGAAGCGUUUGUCACCGCGGGCGGUUUAUACAAAACGCUGUCUGAAAUGGGCCUGGCCUUCGAAACGCCCGAAGCUUUGUACGAAAACGGGAACCACCGUUCCAUAGCGUACAUGCGGCCUCUAGCUAUAUGGUCCAUCUACCAGGCUUUGCUCGCGGGACCUCCCCCGAAGACGGCCACGGCGAAUGGGCAAGUGCAUACCAAAGAUAAUCAAUUAUAGAAUAUAUUACAGCCGAAAGAGAUAAGGCUCUACCAUGAGUUUUGGUGCUAGUGAUGCUAUAUGUGGAAUUUCAAAAAUAGGGAAAUUUAAAAAUGUAACAUUUAUAAUUCUUUGGAAUCUUUGGUUCUAUGAUCGUAAGGUUUCAGGUUCUGAUCACGCUUAAGCCAAGACUAUUUAGCAAAAAGAAGCCACCGCCCGCAUCCACCCGAAGUUCAUGGUGGACUUACGAAAACUAUAGCCGUCUCAUAUUAUCAAUACCACAAAAAAAAGGACAUAAUAAAUUACAGUUUAAAAAAUUACAUUAAUUUGAUACUCUAUUAUCCAUUUUCAAGCAUUGAGUGCAUUAAUAUAGCUAAUACUAAAAAUUUAUUAAAUUACAAUUAUUUUAUUUAAUGUAAUUUAUUUUAAAUAUGCCUAUCUAGGUAAUAAUUAUUUUUGUAUGAAAAUGCUAGAAAUGUAUGGUGAUGAAGUGACAAAAAAUAGACCCGUUUGUUGUGCGUAUUGUAAAAGUUUCAAUUUCUCAUAGUAAGAUUUUGAUAAACGCACAGCUUUCGAGCUACGAAAAUUUACGGAAAAUCCAUAAUUGUCCGUAAAUUUUCGUUUUUAAAAUAAAUAUCGCACUCGUUUAAAAUGAAAUGUUUUAUAAAUUUCAGUUUGAAAUAAAAUUUCUAGCCAUUUGCGGAGUGAGAUUUUAUGUACACAAAUUAUUUGUUAAUGUAAAAAAUAAUCAUUUGUUACAACAUUGUGAGAUAUUUUUCAAAAGAGGAAAAGAAUAAAGUCUCUUUACUGUUUGGAAAAUGGUACUAGUUUAUAUGUAUGGGAUACAUAAUGAGUGACCUAUCAAUAUAUCUUAAAUUUGUCAAGAAGUUUAUAUGUAUAAUCAAAUUCGAAAAUCACAUCUAAUAUUUUA